GGCUCUGGCCUGGGGGCAUAUAAGGGGGGCUCGGGGGCAACAGACCCCUCACAUCACUCAGAGGUCUCCUCUGUCUCUCGUCCCCACUCCUCCUUCCCUCCCCGGCGCCCAUCUUUCCCAUCCAUCCAGACUUCUCUCCUCGGCGGACAAUGGACGUCUUCUCGCCGUCGCAGGUGUACUACGACGCGUGCGCCUCCUCCCCGGACAGCCUGGAGUUCGGCCCCGGCGCGGAGCUCGACGGCUCCGAGGAGGACGAGCACGUGAGGCUGCCCGGGGCCCCCCACCAGCCGGGCCACUGCCUCCAGUGGGCCUGCAAGGCCUGCAAGCGCAAGUCCAACUUUGUGGACCGCAGGCGUGCCGCCACCAUGCGCGAGCGCCGGCGGCUGAAGAAGGUCAACCACGCCUUCGAGGCUCUGAGGCGCUGCACCUCGGCCAACCCCAGCCAGCGGCUGCCCAAGGUGGAGAUCCUGCGCAACGCCAUCCACUACAUCGAGAGCCUGCAGGACCUGCUGCGCGAGCAGGUGGAGAACUACUACGGCCUUCCCGGAGAGAGCGGCUCGGAGCCCGGGAGCCCGCUGUCCAGCUGCUCCGACGGCAUGGUCGACAGCAACAGUCCAGUGUGGCAGCAUCUGAAUGCAAACUACAUCAACAGCUAUUCGUGCGGCAGGAACGAGGGCUCGGGCGACAAGGCCGCCGGAGCCUCCAGCCUGGAGUGCCUCUCCAGCAUCGUGGACCGCCUGACCUCGGCGGGGGCCGGCUGCGGCCCGCCGGCCCCGAGGGACACGGCCACCUUCUCCCCGGGCAGCUCCGACUCGCAGCCCCGCACGCCGGAGAGCCCCGGGUCCGGGCCCGUCUACCACGUCCUGUGAGGGGGGCGCUUUGGGGAGGCGGGGAAGGAAGGGGGUGGAGGGGGGGGGGGCCUCGGCUGCAUCCGAGGACCAGCUUUUAUAUUGUACAUGAGAUUGUAAAUAAUGUAAAUGCCCAUUUAUUCUAUACAUGCUAUUAUACCCAAUGAGACAUAUUUAAUUACGACGUUGCAUUACUCCAACAGGAAGUGGUAUUUAAGCAGUUUUCUUUCUUUCGAUGCUGUCAUGAACAUUAAAUCUUUCUCUGUUUUGUAUGAA